AUGAUCACAUUCAUCCCGCUUUCGGUACCUUACGCUGCUACUGCUGCUCCAGCGGCAGCAGCGGAAGGGUCCCGAAAACGAGUGCGAACCAAGCUCGAAUCCGAUGCGACGACCGACAACGAGCAAGAGCACCCACGCGCUCUCGCCUAUUUGUUGCAGAUGGACGAUGUGCGUGUCCUCAUCGACUGCGGAUCUACCGAAGACUUCCUCUUUCAUGGUACGUCGGCUCAACUCGAUGCUGACUCGGAUGCUGAUGCACCAUCAUCGCAGCAGCAGCAACAACAACAACCCGAAUCGUCAUCCAUGGCACAGCAGCGACAGACUUCGGAUCUCGAUCUCGCCCAACUCAAAGCAGCUCCACUCGAUACGCUGCUGCGACAACUCGCGCCUACGAUCAAUCUCGUGCUUCUGUCUCACUCUUCGCUCGAUCAUUUGGGUCUCUACGCCUACGCUCACGCCAAGCUGGGCUUGCGAUGCCAGGUCUACGCUACGAUGCCCGUUCAAAGCAUGGGCAAGCUCACCGUGCUUGAAGCCAUCCAGACAUGGAGGAGUGAGGUAGACAUCGAAAACGAAAGCAAGAACCCAUCCUCAUCGACACGCCGCUGUCUCGCUACAGUCGAUGAGGUCGAAGACGCAUUCGAAGAAAUCAAGACGGUCCGCUACAUGCAACCCACUCAUCUCGAGGGCAAAUGCGCCAGUCUGACGCUCACAGCCUACAACGCGGGCCACUCGCUCGGUGGUGCCGUGUGGAAGAUCCGCAGUCCCACCUCAGGCACCGUCGUCAUUGCGCUCGACUGGAAUCACAAUCGAGAACGUCACCUCGACGGCACCAUCCUGCUCUCUUCUUCUGCAGCUGCUCCCGGUGCACCUGGCACCGGAGGUAGCGCUUCCGACGCCGUACGACGCCCUGACCUCCUGAUCACCGAGAUCGAACGCGGUCUUGUCGUCAACACCCGCCGAAAAGAUCGAGAUGCAGCGCUCAUCGAUCUGGUACACACCACCAUCCAGGCGGGCAACUCGCUCCUCUUCCCCAUCGACGCCUCGGCACGUCUGCUCGAACUCAUGGUGUUGCUCGAUCAGCACUGGGCCUACGCCUACCCUCACGCCCGCUUUCCGCUGUGUCUCAUCAGUCGCACCGGCAAAGAAGUCAUCGAACGAUCGCGCACCUACAUGGAAUGGAUGACGCGCGAAUGGGCCACAAAGGCAAACGAAACCAUCGAAGCGGAGCAGGAUCAACAACAGAACAACAAACCACAACAACAGCGCAACGCCCGCGGCGGCAUCCGUGCAGCCGCUGCGUCUUCACCUCUCGACUUCAAGUACGUGAAAGUGUUCCCGACGCUGCAAGCGAUGGACGAAGCGAUACCGCAGGAUCAGGCCAAGGUCGUGCUCGCCGUGCCCCCGUCCAUGACCCACGGGCCUUCGCGCAAGCUGUUUGCGCGCUUCGCACAGAAUCCGAACGACGUUGUUGUGCUCAUCUCGCGCGGCGAACACGGCUCGCUCUGCCGUCAACUGUGGGAUGCAUGGAACACGAGCCAAUCGAAGGGGUUUUCGUGGUCGCAGGGUAAGCUUGGGCAAGCGGUGGUGCCGAGCAAAACGUCGCUCCGGUUCGAACUCAAGAGCAAAGUCCCGCUGGAAGGCGAGGAGCUUCGAGCGCAUCUGGAGGCAGAACAGGCGGAACGGGAUCGGCUGGCGCAGCAAAGGGCGCUGCUCGCUCGUUCGAGGAGAAGGCUGGAGGCGGACGAGGAUGAUUCUUCCGACUCUGAUUCGGACGGUGGCGAGGAGGGCGAGAACGAAGACGUCUACGACGUAGCUGGUGGUGCGGGCGAACCCGGUGGAGGAAUGAUCCGUAAACGCCCCUACGGUGUAGCGUUCACGGAAGCGACCAACACUGGCGGUGCUGGAGGUCAAGCCGGUGCAGGUGCCGACACCAACCAGCUCUCGUUCGACAUCUACCUCAAAGGCAACGCCAGCCGCGCCACCUCCUUCUUCGGCUCGAAAGCAGGCUCUGAAGGACCGUUCGGCCUCGGCGUCCGCUACCGCCUCUUCCCCGCCAUCGAACGCAAACGCCUCGUGGACGGCUUCGGCGAAGUCACCGACAUCGCACGCUGGCUCUCGCGCCGCCGCGCCGUCGAAGCCGCCGAAUCCGCCGCCGCCGACCCGCUUUCCGAAAACGCGACGCUCACCGCCGAAGCCAAACGCAAACAGCUCGCUGCCGAGGAGGAAGCGCGCCAAGCAGCCAUCCCGUCCAAGUACGUCACCGAACACGUUGCCAUCAAAGUCGCGUGCAAGGUGGCGUUCAUCGACAUGUCCGGCCUCAACGACGGCCGGGCGUUGAAGACGCUCGUCCCGCAGCUGCAUCCAAGGCGGCUGAUCAUGGUGAACGGCGACGCGAGGACGAAUGCGGACAUGUUGGGGGUGCUGGAGGCGAUCAAGUCGCUGACGCGCGACGUGUUUGCGGCAAGAUGGAUGCAGAGCGUCGAGAUUGGGCAGGUGACGAACGCGUACACGGUGCAGUUGGGAGAAGGUCUGUUGGCGGGACUGGAGUUGAGCAGGUUCGAAGAGUUUGAAGUGGCACAUGUGCGUGCGAUGGUGAAGAGGAUGGGUGAGGAUUCGACGCAAUCAGUUCCCGUGUUGGAGGUGGAAGAGGAUGUUUCCGCGCUGGCUUCUGCGGACGCCGAUGACGACGAAAAGGAACUCGCUAAACGCGCGAUCGCCUCUUCCCUCUCCACCAACGGCAUCGUCCGUUCCCUCCCCUCCUCCAUCCAAGCCUCUCGUCUCCUCCCCACCACCACCACCCCCGCCAUCCCCGGAACCCUCUUCAUCGGCGACCUCAAGCUCUCCACGCUCAAAGCGCUGCUCGGAACAUCGCAGUACCGACUUCCCGCCGACUUUGCCGGCGAGGGAAUGCUCGUCUGCGCUCCCAGCGCCGUGAUGGGUCCGGAGGCGGUGACCGUGUCGAAGCGCGGCAAGGGGAGGAUCGUGAUCGAGGGGAACGUCACGAGAAACUUUGGCAGCGUGAGGAGGGCUGUUUACGGGUUGCAUGCUAGGGUGGCUGGUGGGCAGACGGCGGGGACGGAGCAGGUGGAGAAGCAGGAUCGGGAGGGGUAG